AUGCUGAGCAAUCUAACAGUCGACACAAUGAGGCUGGUUGUUGAUUACUUGCAGCACUACCUGAGUGGUUCUGCGCUGUCUCACAGCCACAUGGCCAGGACCCUGUGGAGAGUGGCUGACAAGCUGGAGAGCCAUGAGAAGACGUUCUUUCACUCGAUUUGCUGCACAGAUAUCUUGCUGGAGUCCAGUAGGGCAGCCGCCCACUUGACCUGUGUGGCAGUGCAGAUGGAAUCUGAUGGUGGGCUUAACUGGGGCCAAGUAGUGGCACUGUUUGUGUUCAAUAGCACCUUGGCAACAGCGCUGACUGAGCGGGAGGCCCACGAGGAGAUCGGCAGCCUGACAGAGGUAUUGGUCAUCUAUCUGUCUGUGGAGAAGCGUGAGUGGCUGGAGGCACACGGUGGCUGGAAUGGGUUCUACCACUACUUCAACAAACUCGAUUCUGAUUCAAUCAACUGGUACGAUACUAAAAGCAACACUAUCAUAGCGACUGCAGGAUUUCUCCUAGCAGGAUUGGUUUUCCUCUUGGCUGUGCGAUAA